AUGGCCGACUCUAAGACUGCGGUUGCUACCCCCAGUCCAUACGAUGAGACUACUCCCGACUUUAUUCAAAAUGGCACUCAUAUCGACAUGGAGCGAUACAGAGCGACCGUCCCACUCUGGAAGCGAGUUUGGCAGCACAGUUUAACACAAAUGAUGCUUCUGAGUGUGCAGGCCUUCUGUGGGCCGGCUAUGUCUGACGCGAUUACCGGACUCGGUGGUGGUGGUCUCGCAACUCCUCAAGUGUCGAAUAUCUGCACCGCCAUCACAUACGCCCUUCUUGCCGUUGUUUGCUUCAUGGGCGGUCCUAUCGUGAAUAAGAUCGGUGUUAAGUGGGCUCUGGUGAUCGGUGCGAUGUCCUUUCCCAUUCAAGGGUCUGCAUAUUACUGCAACAGCAAGUUCGGGAACCAAUGGUAUCUCAUUCUCAGUGGUGCUAUAAGUGGCAUAGGAACCGCUUGCUGGUAUGUUGCUGAAGCCGGAGCCAUCAUGACCCUCGCUCCUUCUGGUGCGCGCGGCAAAUACCUAGCUUUGUGGAUUGUGUCACGAAACCUGGGACAACUGGUUGGAGGUGCGAUCAACUUGUCCAAAAAUCACAAUGAAGGGGAUAGCGGCGGUAUCACCCCCAAUACUUACUUGGCUUUCGUUAUCAUUGAGUCUCUUGCACUACCAUUUGCGUUGUUAAUUAUGCCUUUUCAACACGUCGUCCGAUCUGAUGGUACGAAAAUCAUUACUGCGGAGACUCUGUCCACCAAGCAGGAGUUCAAGCGCAUUUGGAAGACUAUUACCUCAAAGCUUAUUGUGCUAUCUGCACUCUGGGCACUAUGGUCAUUUUUCUACAGCGGUACCUGGUCCACCUACUUAGGAACUUAUUUCUCCGUCCGCGCUCGCGCUCUUUCAUCUCUCAUCUCGCCUUUCUUCUGCAUUGUCGGCUGCUUCGGCCUUGGAUUCAUCCUCGAUAUGAAGAGCGUUAGCCAACGUCGACGCGCUCAGAUCGGACUUUAUACCGUUGUAGUUCUCAACGUUGGUGUCUAUAUCUGGUCUAUCAUCAUGCAAAGGAAGUUCGACCGCAAUAAUCCUGGUGAUAUCGAUUGGAGCGACAGUCUAUACCCUUCAGCCUUCCUGCCAUACUUCUUUGUGCAGACUACCGGUCCUUUGUCGCAAUCCUACAUGUAUUGGCUUAUUUCAUCUUUUGCGACCGACGCGCAAGAAAAUGUUCGCAAUGGCGCUGCAUUUAGAUGCAUCGAAGCUGUCGGUCAAGCUAUUGCCUACAGUAUGAACACUGAAACGAGUAAUAUUCUCGUUGGAUUCUCCGUGACUUUUGGCUUACUUGGGGCUGCUUUGUUACCCAUGCAUAUGCUCGUGAACACUACACCCGACCGCAUCCCUGCCGAUGUGGUUGCCGAGCAGCAGGCGGCUCAUGAGAAGAUCGAGGUCUGA